AUGGCGCCGCGGCUGGAAAUUGGAUGGCUUAAUCGAUCCGCAGCCCCCGGCACCUCACAUCUGCUCACACCGACUGUAAGGGAUCAACCAGUAGCGAUGGGACGUAGCAGAAGCCGCAGCAGAAGCCGUGAACGGCGGCGGGAGCGCAGCAGGAGCAGAGAGCGGCGGCGACCGCGCAGCCGCAGCCGGGAGCUGCGUCGAGACAACCGGCGACGGUCACCCAUAGGCCGGGAGCAGCGGCGGGAGCGCAGCCGGGAGCGGGACCGGCCGCCGCCGACGCGGGAUGAUAUUCAUCAUCGGGACGGACCACGCGAGCGGGGACGUGAUGGCAGCCGGGAGCGGGACCAGCGGGAACAUCGAGAGCAGCAGGACCAGCGCGCAAUGCCGCCGCCGGCGCCGCGGGGGCCCGGACCAUGCUUCAAGGCACGCUCGCACGCUGCCCUGUGCUUGGGCCGCCUGGGCCGCCGCUGCCGCCGCUUGGCCGUUGCAUUUGUUGGCCUACAGCUGCUGCCGGGCGAUGGCACCGCUGCCUGUCUGUGGCAGUGUGGGGAGGAAGGGCACAUCGCCCGGGACUGCCCCACCGCGCCGCCCGGAGGCGGCGGCGGCGGCAGGGGGCCCUGCUACAAGUGCGGGGAGGAGGGGCACAUCGCCCGGGACUGCCCCAACCCAGAAGCCCCCGGCGGCGGCGGCGGGCCCAGGCGGCGGCGGGGCGGCGGCGAAGGCGGCGAGGAGAACAUGGCGUGGGGGAAGCCCGGGGAGCAGGAGGAGGAUGCGGCGCCUGAUGUUGAGGUGGACCCGGAGUUUGGGCUGUCCGGGGCGCUCGCCGCCGAGACCAACAAAGUCAAGCAGAGCUGCUACCUGUUUGGUCGGGAGCGGCGGGUGGCCGACGUACCCACCGACCACCCGUCGUGCAGCAAGCAGCACGCGGUACUGCAGUACAGGAUGACGGAGAAGGAGGGGGCUGAUGGCAUGAUGAAGGCGGCAGUGAGGCCCUACCUCAUGGACCUGGGCUCCACCAACGGCACCUUCCUCAACGGCGAGCGCCUGGAGGCGGAGCGGUACUACGAGCUGCUGGAGACGGACAUGCUCAAGUUUGGGAACAGCAGCCGCGAGUAUGUGCUGGUCAAGGAGAAGAUGGGCGAGCCGGGGAUACAGCGCGUCAAGGUGUAUCGCCUGAACGAGGAGGGGCUGUGGGAUGACAAGGGGACGGGCCAUGUUAGCGUGGAGCUCAUGGAGGGCAACAGCAGCGUGGGCCUGGUGGUGAUGGGGGAGGGAGAAGGGGCGCGCCCGCUGCUCAUCCACCGCAUCUCCAAAGAGAACCAGUACCAGCGGCAGGGGGAUGACACAAUCAUCACAUGGACCGACCCGGAGAUCGGCACAGACAUCGCGCUUUCCUUCCAGGAGGCCCGAGGCUGCAACUACAUUUGGGAGCAGGUGCUGCACGUGCAGGAGAGCAGCAGCCCCCGCGGUGGCAGCCCAGGAUCGCCUUACGGCCCACGGGCGCUGGGAGGCGGCGGGCAGCCAGACGACUUUGAUGUGGGGGGCCAGGGGCGGUACGACGAGAUGGGGCCGGGCAUGGGGCCAGUGGACCCCGGCAGCAGCGGCGCGGUGGAGCUGCCGGAGCCGGAGCUGUCCAGCCUCAAGGAGAUUGCGCGGGCGCUCACCGAGGUGUCGCUGUUUCAGCGGGACCGCAUCGCGCAGCAGCUGACGGCGCGGCGCGGAUACCUGGGGCGCCUGCUGGAGCUAUUCAGGAUGUGCGAGGACCUGGAGGAUGAGGAGAGCCUGCUGGCCCUGUUCGACAUCUUCAAGCAGAGUGAGCCUCGACGGCCCCCGCCCUCGUGGCGGCGCGUCGCCCGCGCGCUCUCCAGCCCGCGCACGGCGCUGCUGGACUCCAGCGACAGCGGGCUGCAGGAGCAGGUGGGGGAGAUGCUGAAGAUGCUGCUGGACCCAGAGACGCUGGAGGGCAGCGCGGAGAAGAACAAGUUUGUGGAGCUGUUUUACGACAAGUACAUAGCCAAGCUGCUGGCGACGCUGGUGCAGGCGGGAGACGAUCCGUAUGCGGCAGGCGGACCCUCCGCCAACACAGUGGGGCUGGUUGUGGACCUGCUGUGCUUCUGCGUGGUGUCGCACUCGUACCGCAUUAAGUACUACAUCCUGCGCAACAACGUGGUGGAGAAGGUGCUCAAGCUGCUGAAGUGCAAGGAGCGGUGGCUGGUGGUGGCGGCGGUGCGCUUCCUGCGCACCGCGCUCAGUAUGAAGGACGAGUUCUACAACCGGUACCUCAUCAAGAACCACCUGCUGGGGCCCGUGGUGGCCGCCUUCCUGGACAACGGCCCCCGCUACAACCUGCUCAACAGCGCCUGCCUGGAGCUGUUUGAGUUCAUACGCAAGGAGAACCUGAAGGGCCUGCUGGCGGAGCUGAUGGACCAGCACUGGGAGCAGCUGCAGGGCAUCGACUACUGUGAGGUUUUCCAGGCUAUGCACAUCCGCCACGAGCAGAACCAGGACCAUGUGGCGCCUGGCGGCGAGCGGGAGGGCGACGGCGAGGCGCGUGCAGCGCAGGAGGCUGAGCUGGCGGCCCGCCAGCGCGCGGCGGCGGCGGCGGAGCAGCGGCGGAGACGAGGGGAGCGGGAGGUGGAUGCAGAUGAGGAGAGCUACUUUGACAGAGAGGGCGACUCGGACGAGGAUGAGGCGCAGGCGGGCGGCGGCCGCGUGAUGCUGGAGAGCGCCUCGCCGCUGCCGGGGCUGCUGGGGCCGCUGGUGGACUAUGGGGAUGAGGAUGAGGACGACACGCUGCCGCUGAGAGCCGCGAGCACGCCCAAGCGCAGCCCCGCGGCAGAUCGGCCGGGCUCGCCGCCACUUGAGAAACGGUUCAGGCCGUCGAGCGCGCCUGGAGCGGCCGGUGUGUGGGCGGCGCAGAGGCAGAGCUCGGGCUCCAGCCGCGGCAGCCCGCCGCUGCGGUAG